AGCCUAUCUGGACCCUUCACAACUCUUCGCGUGUUUCGAGUGUUUCGCGUCUUCAAGUUCUCAAGGCAUUCUCAGGGUCUGCGAAUCCUCGGAUACACUCUGAAGUCCUGUGCAUCUGAAUUAGGUUUCCUCCUUUUUAGCCUCACAAUGGCUCUCAUAAUCUUCGCUACUGUGAUGUAUUACGCGGAGAAGGGAGUUUCUCAUACGACAUUUGUGAGCAUUCCAGCUGCCUUCUGGUAUACUAUCGUCACAAUGACGACCCUCGGAUAUGGAGAUAUGGUCCCCAAAACAAUCAUGGGUCAAAUUGUGGGAGGCAUGUGUGCUCUCUCAGGAGUGCUCGUAAUUGCUCUGCCAGUCCCAUUCAUCGUUUCGAAUUUCUCUCGAAUAUAUCACCAAGGUCAGCGAGCGGACAAACGGCGAGCUCAAAUGGUAAGUACGUAA